UAAAGAUAAUGGCAAAGAUUCAGAGGUUUGGCUAUGUUUUGUGUCACUUAGUUUUAGUACUUGUGAAUGUAUUUGUAUUUAGAAAAAUGUUUUAUGAGAAGGAGAAGUUGAGUUGGAGCCAAAAAGCAGCAGAAGAAGCAGAAGCAGUAGCCUCAAUUUCAUGUUCAGGCCAUGGAAGAGCAUAUAUUGAUGGCUAUGUUGUUGAUGGAAAGCCUAUUUGUGAAUGCUAUUCUUGUUAUGGUGGCACUAAUUGCUCUUUAUUUUUCCCCAACUGUCCUGCUGAUGUUGAUGGUGGGGAUCCUCUAUUCUUGGAACCUUUCUGGAUACAAAAUGCAGCUAGCAGUGCAGUAGUAGUAUCAGGCUGGCAUAGAAUGAGUUAUUUCUUUCCUAAUCAGUCCCACAUAUCCAAAGAGCUUGACAGAAACAUAAGAAAGAUACAUGCAAUUGCCAAGAAUGCUAUCACAAAUGGAAGAUACAUUGUUUUUGGAGUAGGCUCUACUCAACUCCUACAUGCUGCAGUUCAUGCUCUUUCCAUUGACAAUUCAACUUCUUCCUCUCCUUACCUUGCAACAAAAGUGGUUGCUAAUAAAAUCCCUUACUAUUCGCCUUAUAAGUUUCAAACAGAAUAUUUUCAAACACAUCAUUAUGAAUUUGAAGGAGACUCAUCCAUGUUGAAGAACAAAUCAGACUUUGCUGGAAAUGUAAUUGAGUAUGUGACUUCACCAAAUAAUCCAGAUGGGAAUUUGAGAAGUUCAGAUCUAAAAGGCCCAAGUGUAAAGCCCAUUUAUGAUCGUGCUUAUUAUUGGCCUCAUUACACAGCAAUUCCUGCUCCUGUUGAUGAAGAUCUCAUAAUUUUCUCUAUGUCUAAGCUCACUGGUCAUGCUGGAACCAGAUUUGGGUGGGCAAUUGUGAAGGACGUGAAUGUGUAUAGAAGAAUGGUGGAAUUUAUUGAUUUGGCCGAAAUGGGGACAUCAAAGGAUGCCCAAUUGAGAGCUUUGACUCUUCUAAAAGUUGUUGCUGAAGGAGAUGGCAAGCAACUCUUCAAUUUUGCACAUCAAAUUUUGAUGGAUCGUUGGGAAAAAUUGAGUCAAAUGUUUUCUCUUUCUAAACGUUUUAGCCUCCAAAGAAUUCCAACUCAACAUUGCAUAUUUGUUGAGAGAGCCAGAGAACCAUCUCCAGCUUAUGCAUGGGUGAAGUGUAAGAGAAAAGAAGAUAAAAACUGCACAGAAAUCUUCAGAGUUGCAAAAAUCAUAGGUCGUCCAGGUAGCAAAUUCUUUGCAGGAGAUCGUUAUGUUCGACUGAGUCUAUUAAAGGGCCAACAUGAUUUUGACAUGUUGAUCCUUCGACUAAAACAAUUGGUCUCCCUAGAAUAUGAAGCCAGUGCACAAGUCAUGUCAAGUUCUUAUUAG